UUCCAACUUUGACAUACACAAGCAUCGUCUCGUGCUACCAAAAGUCCCGUCACUCAUACACAACCACACCAACCCAUCAAGAUGCGUUUCACCGCCGUUGUUCUCGCCUUCGCCUCCAUGGCUCUGGCUCAGGAUUCAUCUUCGCCCGCCGUGACCGGAUCCUCCGUUGACACCAGCAGCCUGGCUAGCGCCGCGUCCUCUAUCUCCUCGGCCCUGGCUAGCGAGAUCUCCUCCGUGAACAGCGACGUCACAUCCGUCCUGGCGUCCAUCACCUCUGACGGCGCCAGCCGCGCCUCCUCCAUCGGCUCCGCCCUCUCCACCGCCACCGGCGCCGCCGCCAGCUCGCUGUCUUCUGAGCUGGCCUCCCUCUCCUCGAGCGUGUCGUCCAAGGCUUCCGCCGCCCAGAGCUCUGCCGCCAGCUCGGCCUCUGGAGCCUCGAGCAGCGCCAGCACCAGCGCAUCGGGCAACUACGGCCCCGUCCAGACCGCUGCCGUCGGCAUGGGUGCUCUCUUUGGUGGUGCUGCUAUGCUCGCCAACCUGUAGAGAGGUGUUUGUAUCGGCAGACCAUGGGACUUCGCCUUGCAUUGCUUUGCAUAUCUAAUACCUUGGGCAUAAUAUCAUGACCUUUCAGAAAGGCAGUAAUAUAUAUUUUUUCAACGC